AUGGCUCUUCGGAAAUGUGGAUUAGCUGCUUCCCGUCUUGUUGGGACUCCACGUGUGGCUUCUACCCGCUGUGCUUCGAGUAAGGCUUUUUUCAUUAUUUUCUUUUCCUCAGUUUAACAAAAUAACUGUUUUGGAACUAAUCUUUCUGCAGACAUGACGGUCCGUGAUGCGAUUAAUCAAGCUAUGGACGAGGAAAUCAAAAGAGAUGAACGCGUUUAUCUUUUAGGAGAGGAAGUCGCUCAAUACGAUGGAGCUUAUAAAGUAUUCUUUAUAAGAUAUUUUGUAAAGUAAAUAGAGAUCUUUAUAGGUAUCAAAAGGACUUUGGAAGAAAUACGGAGACAAACGUAUCAUCGACACUCCGAUCACUGAAAUGGGAUUUGCCGGUAAUAUUUCAAAUGAAGCUAUAGGAAAAUGUGAGAUCGUUUGAAGGUAUUGCUGUCGGAUCUGCGAUGGCUGGACUGAGGCCGAUUUGCGAGUUCAUGACCUGGAACUUCUCCAUGCAGGCCAUCGACCAGAUCAUCAACUCUGCCGCCAAGACCUACUACAUGUCUGCUGGACGCGUUAGUUUUGAUAAAAACGGGAAAAAGAAAACAAGAUACUACAGGUGAACGUGCCAAUCGUCUUCCGCGGACCGAAUGGCGCCGCCGCCGGAGUCGCUGCUCAGCAUUCGCAGGACUUCUCCGCGUGGUUCGCUCAUUGCCCAGGACUCAAGGUUCCUGAAUUUUUAUACAAUUGGUAACUUCUCAGGUUCUUUCGCCCUACAGUGCUGAAGACGCCAAGGGUUUGAUGAAGUCGGCAAUCCGUGAUGACAAUCCAGGUGAAUAUAAUCUUGAUAAAAUUUCAUCAGUGAGGGUAGAAAUAUUAUCUUAUACACCUGUACCGGCAUGUUUUUCCCUUUUACUUUUCAUUCUUACUUGUUCCUCAAACUAGUGGAAUACUGAUUUUCCAGUUGUCUUCUUGGAGAACGAAAUCCUCUACGGCCAGUCGUUCCCCGUCUCCGACGAAGCCCUCGGAGAAGAUUUCCUCAUUCCCAUCGGCAAGGCCAAGAUCGAAAGGUGUUCCAAACUCUCAUUAAAUUGAAAUCGAAGUUUUCAGAGAAGGAGACAACGUCACGAUUGUUUCUUUCUCGAAAGGCGUUGAACUCGCUUUGGACGCCGCCAAAAAGUUGGAAUCGGCCGGAGUUUCGGCUGAGGUUUUUUUUUUCAAAAGUUUUGCGAAAAAGAGUAGCUAGAUUGUUUUGAUAUGUUUAUUCUCCUUUUUGUCUUAGAGGGAGUUGGAAAAAAAUCUUCAUAAAUGAACAAUUGGUUCCGUAUACUUACUUUAUCAUUAUUAGUAUUAUUAUUCAUUUUUUUUAGUCUUUCGUUUCACUAUACUUCUUUUUUUUCCAAUUUUGAACACCGAAGAAACUGGUCUAGUUGAGUUAGUUGAAUCCGUCUAGUGUGCUUUGUAAAUGGACCGCAAACAUUUCUGAUUGUUUUUCCUGUUUUUCAAGCAGAGUAACCAUUUUUAAUAGGUUAAUUUUAAAGAGAAAGCCGGUGGAUCAGAAGAAUUGCUAUGUGUUUGCAGGUGAUCAACCUCCGGUCGCUGCGUCCCUUCGAUUUCGAAUCGAUCCGCAAAUCAGUGCACAAGACGCACCGAUUGGUGACCGUCGAGACUGGCUGGCCUUUCUGCGGAAUCGGCUCCGAAAUCGCCGCCCAAGUGAUGGAGAGCGACGUCUUCGACCAACUCGACGCCCCUCUUCUCAGGUGAAAAUUUCAAAAAGACCAUAAUAAACUUUUUUAUCGUGCAUCUGGAUGAUUGAUAGCUUGUCAUCGUUUUUUUUUUCUUUUGAAUUUGAAGAUGUACGUGAUUAGUGCAAUAUUCCAAAAGAAGUGAAAAGUAUUUUUCUCUUACGUUCUCUAAAACAUUUGUAAACGAUUUAAUUUUAAGAUCGAAGUGUUUGAUCAUUUUUUCAAAAUUUUCAUCUUAAUUCUACCUUUUUUUAUGUAUUUUUUCAUGUUCAGUUAUGUUAAAACUUUAGAAUAAAAAAGUAAGAUAACAAAACAUGUCUUGUAGUGCUCAAGAAAAUGCAAUUAUGAAAAUCCUUUUCGGGGUUUUGAAAAUUUUGCGGUUUUUAGGAUUUUCAUCCAACAUAACAUAAAGUAUUUCAACCUUGUGAUUUCAAAAUUUUACCAUAGAAAACGCUUUUUGGUCGCUAGGUCAAGUUAUAAAAAUUGUGGAUUUGUUAAUACUUGACUGAAAGGCUGAAUCUGCAGAGUGACGGGUGUCGACGUGCCGAUGCCUUACGCUCAGUCCUUGGAACAGGCCGCCCUUCCCAACAGCGACCACGUCGUCAAGGCCGUCAAAAAGAGCCUCAACAUCAAGUAAAUGUGUGUGAUCAGAAGAAGGAACUCUCUGGAAACUUCUCCUUCUUCCAGAUAGCUGACUAUCUACUCGACACAAUUUUCGCCACUCGAUUCCUUUCGAACUAUUGGACACUCGCUCAACGCACUUCGUUCACUUUUCACUCCUUUCCAUCCCUUUCUCCGAAUUUUUUUUGA